AUGCGGUCGUCGUACGUUCUCAAGCGACAAAUGGAAGAGCAAGGAUUGAUUGAAGGUGAUGAGAACCUUCAGAAUCUACGAGGCGUGUUACUGACAACUCCAGUUCUCGAGGAGACAGACGAUGAACUGAAGGAAGCCUUGGACCCUGCCUAUCGUAUUGACACUACGUCGCUGGUGAGCUCGCACCAACUGUACCGCUCAGCCACCACCCUGUUUGAUUCUCUGGGCCCUGUACCAGUUCCCGAACCGACCUCAAGGUACGGGAGACGGAAUUUGAGAAAAAUUGAUGAAGAAAAGCGGAUGAGUGUGGCGUCUGCUCUGAGUUCAAACGCGACGCUCAAUCAAGCGCCGCUGCGUCUGUCAAACUCCACCCCCCUCAACGGUUCAACGCUGCUGCGUCGAUAUUCUGACCCUGUCCCUCGAAGACACUCUGUCAGUCCUCAGCCAUACAAUAAGAGUAUUCAACCACCACUGUCGGCGCGCUCAUCAAUUGCAAGCCUGGACAUUUUGAUUAGUGACAGCAACCGCGCUCAUUCUGCUCGCUCGCCUCCUUCCCAACCUACACAUCAAUCCCAAAGUGAGUCCCGCCGGGCGUCGCUUGGUGGGGUGCGCCGGCUCGGCCAACGCCUGCCUAUAAUGUCACCAAGCUCGCCUAACUCGGUUGCAUCUCCGGUUAACAACGACUUGGUGACGUCGUUGAAGAAAUAUGGCUCUCUGUCGUCUUUGAACCACCGGCAACCUGAAGACCGGUCUAACCGACGAUCAGUGGCGAGCAGACGCGUGCGUAAUUCUCAUCCAAGCGAGAUUGAUCUGAUUCAAGCUCGUAGCAUAGAGACUCUGCUGAUGAUGAAUACCUCCGCGGCUCUGUCUCAGGCCAUGCCUCAUCAUUACACUUCUUCAACCUUGCAAAACCCUUCAUUGUCUGCUGAUAUGCUGCUGGUCAAUCUGAAAGAUCUGCGGUUGCUGCAAUUUUUCAGUAAGAAGUUCCGCAGAUCACUGAUUGUGUCCAAAUUUCUGAACUCACUGGAGACUACUACAGCAACUAAUGGAUCUACCAAACGAAAGGGCAAUAAGUACAAGGUGAACCUGGUGCCAUAUAACAUCUUUGCUAGGGGUGUACCUAAAAACAAGUUAUGGUCGGGUUCUUAA